CACUUAUAGGAUUUAUAGAUAAAACAAUUCUCUUUAUACAUGGCUUCCCUCUAGAAACAACAAGCACAAUGCAAGUUACUAGACGAAGCCAAGCCAGAAUUUGAAGUUUAAAGGGUGUAUAAUCUGCGUUCUAAACUAAUGAUUUGUACAUAUUCAAUUAACUUUUAAAAAAGGACAAACACAAUGUUUGAACCGAAGCUACUGGAUUGAAGAGAAUCCAUAAGCUAUAUUCUAGCUCCGCCCUGAAUCACAAACUUCUCCGGUGAUUCGCAAGAAAUACCAAAAAAUUAAACAACAACAAAAAAAAAGAAAAAGAAAAAAAAUAUUACUUCAAAAGAAAAUUAAAGGAGAUAAAAAGCUAUGGCCUUUAUUAGUGGGAAUUCAAUUUUGUUAAUAUUGUUCAUAUGGUUAGCUUCAUUAGUCCCACAUUUACAUGCCAGAAUUGCUGAGUUUGAUCCAUAUUUGGAAAAACAAGCUUUGGAAGCCCUCAACUCUUCACUUGAAGCAUAUACUAAUAAUCCUGAGGAAAUAACUAAUGCAUUCAACAAAGAAGUUGGAAAUGCAUUGCUGAAGUAUAAAAGCUUAAGGAGGCAUCUUAAAGAAAAAGAUAAAUGCAUGGCAACCAAUCCAAUUGAUAGAUGCUGGAGGUGUGACAAAAAUUGGGCUGAAAACAGGAUGGAUUUGGAAGAGUGUGCUAGAGGAUUUGGCCACAAGACGACCGGUGGUAAAAAUGGCAAGUACUAUGUUGUCACUGAUGAAUCAGAUGAUGACGUGCAGGAACCAAAACCAGGGACCCUUCGUCAUGCUGUGAUUCAAGAGGAGCCAUUGUGGAUCAUCUUUGAGAAAUCAAUGGUGAUCAAGUUGCAACAAGAACUUAUGAUCACGAGUGACAAGACAAUCGAUGGCAGGGGAGUCGCUGUUCACAUAGCUUAUGGUGCUGGAUUAACGAUCCAAUUCGUGCAUAAUGUCAUAAUCCACAACAUCAGGAUUCAGAAUAUCAUAUCUACUAAUGGUGGCAUGAUAAGAGAUUCUGUUAACCAUAUUGGUCUAAGGACAGUAAGCGAUGGCGAUGGCAUUUCCAUUUUUGGUUCCAAUCAUAUCUGGAUUGAUCAUUGCACUUUGUCUGAAUGUACAGAUGGCCUCAUUGAUGCCAUCAUGGCUUCCACUGCUAUCACCAUUUCUAAUUGCAAAUUCAACUAUCAUAACGAUGUGAUGCUUUUGGGGGCAACUGAUGCCUUUCCUCAAGAUGCAAUAAUGCAAGUCACAGUUGCAUUCAAUCGGUUCGGGGAGGGAUUGAUUCAGAGGAUGCCAAGGUGCAGAUGGGGAUUCUUCCAUGUUGUCAACAACGACUACACUCAUUGGCAAAUGUACGCGAUUGGUGGCAGUGCUCAUCCAACCAUUAUCAGUCAGGGUAAUCGUUUCAAGGCUGCCGAUAAUCCUAAUACGAAGCAGGUGACUAAGAGGGAUUACGCAACAGAAUCCGAGUGGAAGAAGUGGCAAUGGGUAUCAGAGGGCGAUUCGUUCUUAAAUGGAGCUUAUUUUGUGGAGUCAGGGCCACAAGACAAGAAAAAACAUGCAUUGACAAAAAAUCAUAAGAUCAAGUUCAAGCCUGGUUCACAUGCAGGACGACUCACUCGCUUUGCUGGUGUGCUCAAGUGCAAACCUGGCAGACCUUGUUAGCUAACGAUCCUCUUAUGUGCAUAUAAUUUGAUGCAUCAGUAAAAAGGAGAUAAGUAGAUUGAAGAUAUUUUGACUGUAGAAGAAUGGAAAAUAGGAUAAGAAAGAAAUGGUUCCCAUAAGUUAUGUUUUGUUUAAGUUUUAGUUUUAGUUUUCUUUCCUUGUGAUAGAGUAAGUGUAGGUAUUGUGGAAGUAUGAAUCGAUUCCCGUGAAAAGAAAAAGAAGAUGUAAUUACAUUGAUUUCUAGAAAUUUGAGUUCUCUGUUUGUAUUCAGUGUAAUCUGUAUGUUUACAAGAGUGAUAUUUUUAUUGUUGUUACAGAAUGUAUAUACAACUCUUUCUUUAUAUUGUACAAAGAUAUAGAUAGAUAACAUA